AUGCACCCUCUCGACCGCCUCUAUCUCGUCACAGUCUGGUCAUAUAUCCUCGCUUUCCACAUCACAACCCUCACUCUGUCUGUCGUGCUGAGGCAGAUCCGGGCAUACAGCAGCAAGAGAUGGGUAGACCGGCAGUCGAAAGAUCAAUUCUCCAAGGCCGCGAAGGUUGCGGGCCUCAAGAGUCGUGCAGCAUUCAAGCUGCUGCAGAUCAAUGACCGCUACCGGCUGUUCAAGCCAGGCAUGACAGUGGUGGACCUGGGCUUUGCGCCCGGCAGCUGGAGUCAGGUUGCGGUAGAUCUGACCAAACCUAGUGGCCGGGUGCUGGGAGUCGAUCUGAUCCCGUCGGAGCCGCCUAAAGGCGUCAAUACCAUCCAGGGUGACUUCCUCUCCCAUGAAAUCCAAAGCGAGAUCAAGAACUUCCUCCGCGACCCGGACCGUGGGCGGCUGCGGCGGCCCACGAUGCUGGCUCCCUCUCAGGAUGAGCAGGGCCGCACAGCCGUCGCCGAGGAUGUCAUCCGAGAAACGACCAGCCAGAGCUACGUAGAUUUCGAGCGAGAAGAGACUUCGGGCGACGAUGAAGCGACCGGCGAGCAUGACAACAAGUGUGUGGACGUGGUGUUGAGUGACAUGUGCGAACCCUGGCCUUUGCUAGAUGGCUUGUGGAAGAAGAGCAAGGUUAACCCAUAUAUUAGGCUGAUGAACACCAGUGGGAAUGCCUUCCGAGAUCAUGCUGGAAGCAUGGACCUUUGCCGCGCCGCACUGCACUUCAGCUAUGAAACCUUGAAGACUGGAGGCCAUUUCGUCUGCAAAUUCUACCAAGGUGCCGAAGAUAAGGCUUUGGAAAUGAGUUUGAAAGCCAUGUUUCACAAGGUGCAUCGAGAGAAACCCGAGAGUUCGAGAAGCCAAAGUAAAGAGGCAUAUUUCGUUGGCAUCAAGCGCUUGGCCAAGGUCGACAAAGCCAAGGUAUUCGACGUGGAAUAG